AUGGUGAUAGCUCCUUUAUCGCUGUUGCUGCGAAAUAUUGUUGGUCCGUAUAGAAAAUCUACUAGAGCUUUGAAGCUGCCAGAAGGACCUAUAGAGGUCUACCAUCUCUUCUAUAUAGAUGAUCCAAAGUCCAAGUCGCUCUACAAGUAUGCCCUUCUAAAUGUAGAUCAACUGUGGUCUCGUACCAGAGAAAGCUAUGGCUGCAAGCAAAGGAUUGUGCUCAACCAGCAUGCGGUUCGCCAAAAGGUCAACGGGUACAACCAAGCGGUGAUCUUAAAACCAAAAUAUGCCACCUCGUGCCAUUAUUUACGGAACGAUACAUUCUGCACAAGUAGAAAGCAAGCAAGAGCGUUCGAUGAGUCGGUUCGUAAACUGUUAGCAGAAUCGCACCUGCCUUUGGAACAACACAGCGUCAGAUCCACAUCCGAAGUUGCUGUGGAAGAAGGGCACUUGUCUCCAUCAUUACGCGGCGAGGAUUCCGGGGCUUCUGAAUCGCUCGAAGUACUGCAGGAUGAUCGCGUUCAAGAAGAAGAAAUCCAGGGUUGGUGUCGUAUGUAA